AUGGAGUCCAUGUAUGGAUUUUAUUUGUGUCUGACCUCUGUGGUAUGCAGAGCCCUGAACACUCCGGCUGAGAAGGGGAGCAAAAGAAAUGGGAAGGUAAUUAGAAAAGGCGGGAGAACCUUCAGCGUGGGAAACUCCCUGUUGGGGUGCAGGCUGGCAGAGGCUGGCAGAGGCUGGCAAGCUGGGAACCAUAAAAACAAAACAAAACAAAACAAAAAAACAUUAUCCAAUCAGGGACGUUGGGCUGGAAACCGUCCAAUCAGGCACGUAGCUGCAGCGAAGAGGACGGCUUCCGGGUUUGGCGCGUCCUUUGUCUCUUGCUGCAGCCAGAGACCCAGCCACUGUGACCUGCAGGGACCAUUGGAAUUUAGAGACGUGGCCGUAGAAUUCUCCCUGGAGGAGUGGCAUUGCCUGGACGCUGCACAGCGGAAUCUGUAUAGGGAUGUGAUGUUGGAGAACUACGGAAACCUGGUCUUCCUGGGUAUUGUGGUUUCUAAGCCAGACCUCAUCACCUGUCUGCAGCAAGGAAAAAAACCUUUGACUGUGAAGAGACAUGAGAUGAUUGCCACACCCCCAGUUAGAUAUUCUCAUUUUGCCCAAGACCUUUGGCCAGAGCAGAGCAUAAAAGAUUCUUACCAAAAAAAGGUACUGAAAAGAUAUGAAAAAUGUGGACAUCACAAUUUACAGUUAAAUAACAGCUGUGAAUGUGUGGAUGAGUGUCAUGUGGACAAAGCAGGUUAUAAUGAACUUAACCAUUUGACAAGUACCCAGAGAAAAAUAUUUCAAUGUGAUAAAUAUGUGAAAGUCUUUUAUAAGUUUUCAAAUUCCAACAGACAUAAGAUAAAACAUAUUGGAAGAAAAAUUUUCAAACAUAUAGAAUGUGGCAAAGCUAUUAACCAGUCUUUUACCAUUACUAAACGUAAGAAAAUUUAUACCAGAGAUAUACCCUACAAAUGUAAAGAAUGUGGCAAAACCUUAAGCUGCUCCUCACACCUUACCAUACAUAAGAUACUUCAUACUGGAGAGAAACCCUACAAAUGUGAAGACUGUGGGAAAAGCUUUAAGCACUCCUCUUACCUUACUACACAUAAGAGAAUUCAUACUGGAGAGAAACCCUACAAAUGUGAAGAAUGUGGCAAAGCCUUUAAGAAGUCAUUUAACCUUACUACACAUAAAAGAAUUCAUACUGGAGAGAAACCCUAUAGAUGUGAGGAAUGUGGCAAAGCUUUUAAGUGGUCUGAAAUCCUAAGUAUACAUAAGAGAAUUCAUGCUGGAGAGAAACCAUACAAAUGUGAAGAAUGUGGAAAAGGCUUUAUAAAGUCAUUUUACCUUACUAAACAUAAGAAAAUUCAUACUGGAGAGAAACCCUAUAAAUGUGAAGAAUGUGGCAAAGACUUUCUACACUCCUCAAACAUUUUUGCACAUAGGAGAAUUCAUACUGGGGAAAAACCCUUCAAAUGUGAAGAAUGUGGCAAAAACUUUACACACUACUCAACCCUUUUUACACAUAAGAGAAUUCAUACCGGAGAGAAACCCUACAAAUGUGAAGAAUGUGGAAAAGCCUUUGAGAAGUCCUCUUAUCUUACUAAACAUAAGAAAAUUCAUACUGGAGAGAACCCCUACAGAUGUGAAGAAUGUGGAAAAGCUUUCAAGCAGGCCUCACACCUUACUAGACAUAAGAAAAUACAUAUUAGAGAGAAAUGCGACAAAUGUGAAGAAUGUGGAAAAGCCUUUGAGAAGUCCUCUCACCUUACUAAACAUAAGAAAAUUAAUACUGGAGAGAACCCCUACAGAUGUGAAGAAUUUGGCAAACCCUUUACAUAUUCCUCACCCCUUUCUACUCAUAAGAUAAUUCAUACUGGAGAGAAACCCUACAAAUGUGAAGAAUGUGGCAAAGCCUUUACUGCAUCCUCAACUCUAACUCAACAUAAGAGAACUCAUACUGGAGAGAAACCCUACCAAUGCAAAGAAUGUGGCAAAGACUUUACAUACUCCUCAAACCUUGCUGCACAUAAGAGAAUUCAUAUUGAAGAGAAACCCUACAAAUGUGAGGAAUGUGGCAAAGCCUUUAAGAGAUCCUCUCACCUUACUACACAUAAGAAAAUUCAUAGUGGAGAGAAACCCUACAGAUGUGAAGAAUGUGGAAGAGAUUUCCAGCAGGCCUCACACCUCACUACACAUAAAAAAACUCAUACUCAAGGGAAACCCUACAGAUGUUAAGAAUGUGGCAACGCUUUUCCCUAAUCUACAACCCUUACUACAAAUAAGAUAAUUCAUACUGGAGAUAAAACCUACAAAUGAGGGCCGGGCGCAGUGGCUCACGCCUAUAAUCCCAGCAGUUUGGGAGGCUGAGGCGGGUGGAUCACGAGGACAAGAGAUCGAGACCAUCCAGGUAAACAAGGUGAAACCUCGUCUCUACUAAAAAUACAAAAAUUAGCUGGGCAUGGUGGUGCGCGCCUGUAGUCCCAGCUACUCGAGAGGCUGAGGCAGGAGAAUUGCUUGAACCCAGAAGGCAGUGAGCCGAGAUUGUGCCAUUGCACUCCAGUCUGGGUAACAAUAGCGAAACUCCGUCUCUAAAAAAACCCUACAAAUGUGGAGAAUGUGGCAAAAUCUUUAAAAAGUCCUCUUUUCCUACUAGAUAUAGGAAAAUUCAUACUAGAGUGAAACCCUAAAGAUGUAAAGAAUGUGGAAAAAACUUUCCCUCAUUCUCAUGCCUCAGUGGACAUAAGAUAAUUCAUACCAGAGAGAAACCCUAUGAAUGUAAUGAAUGUAGGAAAGCCUUUAACCAGCCCUCAACUUUUACUAAAUAUGAGAAUUUAUGUGAAACAUAAGCCCUACAAAUAUAAAGAAUGUGACAGAGUUUUCAAGGAAGAUCUCAACCCUUAUAAUUUAUACUGGAUAGGCCAGGCGCAGUGGCUCAUGCCUAUAAUCCCAGCACGUUGGGAGGCCGAGGCGAGUGGAUCACAAGGUCAAGAGAUUGAGACCAUCCUGGUCAACAAGGUGAAACCCCGUCUCUACUAAAAAAAGAAAAAUUAGCUGGGUAUGGUGGUGCGCACCUGUAGUCCCAGCUACUCGGGAGGCCUAGACAGGAGAAGUGCCUGAACCCAGGAGGUGGAGGUUGCAGUGAGCCAAGAUCGUGCCAUUGCACUCCAAUCUGGGUAACAACAGCAAAACUCCAUCUCAAAAAUAAUAGUAACAAUAUACUGGACAGAAACUUUAACAACAGCAAAACUUCGUCUCUAAAAUAAUAAUAAUAAUAAUAAUUUAUCAUGGACAGAAACCCCACAAGUGUGAAGAAUUUGGCAAAUUCUAUAAGAAGUUCAAAAGUUUACCGGGCAUGGUGGCUCACGCCUAUAAUCCCAGCACUUUGGGAGGCUGACGCGGGUGGAUCACGAGGUCAAGAGAUCCAGACCAUCCUGGUCAACAUAGUGAAACCCCGUCUCUACUAAAAAUACAAAAAAUUAGCUGGGCAUGGUGGCACGUGCAUGUAAUCCCAGCUACUCAGGAAGCUGAGGCAGGAGAAUUGCCUGAGCCCAGGAGGCGGAGGUUGUGGUGAGCCAGGAUCAUGCCGUUGCACUUUAGCCUGGGUAACAAGAGUGAAACUCUGUCUCAAAAAAAAAAAAGAAGUUCAAAAGUUUUACUCUCAUCACCCAGGCUGAAGUGCAAUUGCAAAAUUUUAGCUCACUGCAAACUCUGCCUUCUGAAUUCAAGCAAUUCCCUUGCCUCAGCUUCUCGAGUACCUGGGAUUACAGGUGUCCACAACUACACCCUAUUAACUUGUGUAUAUUUAGUAAAGACAGUCUUUUGCCAUAUUUGUCAGGCUGGUCUUGAACUUCUGACCUCAGGUGAUUCACCCAACUCUGCCUCCUAAAGUGCUGGGAUUACAGGCAUGAGCCACUACAUCCAGUCAUCUGAGUUCUUUUGUUAGCUGAGUUCUUAUUUUUUACUCAGCAUUUUUUGAUCACUGCAAAUGGCCAUCUUGAGGUGAGGUCAGCCAGAGAGAGUACCCAUUAAUAGUUUUUACUCUGGGUACUGGAAUCUGAGCUUUCAGCAUUUGUAAAACCACUAUUUUAACCAUGUUAAUAAUCCACAAGCACAUUCACUUGAAACCUCUGUUAUUAGAUCUGUACCGAAUAAAUCUGAGGAGGAACAAGAAGUAGUUGUCACGUAGCUGCGAUCACUCUCUCUCUUUGUCAGCAGCUCACAAUCCCCUAUCCUGGCUCUUAACACUCUAUUCUCUUGAGUGUAAUUAUUGAUUUGCCACUGAGUAGGAUCUUCAGUACAGACCCCAGCCCAUUGGUGACCUCGAUGUGACCAACGUUACAAUGGUGAUUAUUCAUGCUGAAGAGGGACUCUACAAAACUGAAUUAUGGGAUAGUGCUUUUACCAGCACCUCUAACUUUUCUGUACAUAAAAAUAUAUAUACUAGUGUGAAACCCUAGAAACGUAUAAAAUAUGACAAAGUCUUUAUAGGGUUGCCACACUUGAUUGUAGGUAAGAUAAUUCAUACUGGCAAAACUACAAGUGUGAGGAAUGUGGAGAAACUUUUAAUCAGUGCUUGCAGCUUAUUUCACAGGAAAGCUAUUAUGCUUGAGAAAAAUGUUAUAAAUAUAAAGAAUAUGGAAACCCCUUAAUGCCUACUCAUACAUUACACAACAUAAAAAGGAUCAUAUUUAAUAAAAGCAUAAAAGUGCAAUUACUGUCAAAAAAUCUUUCAGAAAAUAUAAGCCUUCAAAGUUAAGAAAAGUAUUCUCAAAAACAAUUAUAAAUAUAAAGGGUGUUGUGGUACCUUUACUUGUGUUACAGAUCUUACUGCACACAUUUUGUACCAGAGGAUCGCCUACAGAAGUUGCUGAAGCUUUGUUCAAAUUCAGGGAGUUUAUUUUACAGAAGACUCCUGCAAAUGUAAUGAAUUGGGAAACAGUUUUUUUUUUUUUUUCAAAAACUAUAGCUUAGAAAACACCAGAGAGUCUAUACUAAAAUGUAGUUUUACAGAUGCAGUAAAUAUUAAAAAAAAUUUAAUUCAAAAUUAAUUGUAUAUAAAUAUCAGAAUUUACAGUAGAUAAGGCACUAAAUUUCAGAGAUUACACUAAAUCGGAGUGUUGACUAUAAAAACUAAUCUAUGGCUGGGCACAGAUGGCUGGGAUACAGGUGGCUCACACCUAUAAUUCCAGCACUUUGGGAGGCAAGGCAGCUGGAUUGCCUGAGGUCAGGAGUUCAAGACCAACCUGGGUAACAUGAUGGAACCUGACUCUAGUAAAUAUAAAAAGUAGCCAGGCAUGGUGGCUCACGUCUGGAGGCUGAGUCAGCAGAAUCCGUUGAAACAGAGGUAGAGGUUGCAGAGACCCAAGAUCAUGGCACUGCACUCCAGCCUAGGCUUUGGAUGCUCCCCAGAACCUGCCUGUUAAAGCCCAGGCAACUUUAUCUACAGAAAUAACACUCUUGAGUACAACAAUAAAAGCCCUCUUCAAACAAACAAAAAAAUACAUUAUUUUAACAUUUAUUUUAAUAAAAUUUUAUUCAACAUUGAAUAAUUGGAUACAUUUUUAUCCACCUGUGUGUGUGAAUGUAUAAAAUGGUACAGAAGGAAAAAAUAAGCCAGAAAAAAAUGUUAAUAUUUGUAAUGAAUUAAACUGUAAAGUUGUUAUGUGCAGAUAUCUUUGUUUACGUAGAUAACAACAGUAGCAGAAAGUAUUUUAAAAGUUUAUUCUGGUGCAUAAGCAACAUUCUAACGUAAUACCCUGGAUUCCCAGUCUGUUGCACACCUGCUGUGUAAUCCUUUCCUCUCGAGUGUAAGAAGAUGUGUGACUGUGCUGGGAAUCACUCACGAAAUUAUAUUACUCAUGUGUUCACUUUGUGUUUCUCAAAAUGGAGAUUAUUCUAAUUGUGCUAAACUUAGUAAGAGGUGAUUUUAAGAGAAAGAGGCACAUAGAAAAACACCCCUGCUGGCCCAAAAGUAAGUGUAAACGUGGGCCAUGUUGUAAGCUGCUUAUGGUGGCCACAUGGCAGGAAACUUGUUUGUAUGUCAUUCCUGCCUUCUGCAUGUCACUUCCAGUCGGGAGAAUAAGAGAAUCCUAUGGCAAACAGGAAAAAAGGGAAUCUCAUUCAUGGGAGAAACAAUCACCUCUCAUCUGGGACAGCUGAAUAGCAACGGAACCACAUUAAUGGGAGGAAAAGGGUAACCUGGGUAAAAGUGCUCACUGGCAUUUUGGAACAUUUAGUAACCUGUAGUGAAUGAUCAGCCUCUUGGAUACUGAUACUCUACAAAGAGGACUGAACUCAAUCAACCAGCAUGUCUGUACCAUUUAGGUAACUCAGUUUUACCCUAUUCGUUAAGGAAAUACCAUAAAGACCAGUGGAUAAUGUUCUAGAAUUAAACUGUUUUGUUUUGUUUUGUUUGAGAUGCAGUCUUGUUUUGUCACCUAGCAGGAGUGCAGUAGUGCAAUCUCAGCUCACUGCAACCUUUAUCUCCUGGGUUGAAGUGAUUCUCCUACUUCAGCCUCCUGAGUAGGUUAAAUUACAGCCACGUUCCACUGUGUGGGUAAUUUUUUUUUUUGGAUUCUUAGUAGAGGCAAGGUUUCACCAUGUGAGCCAGGAUGGUCUCGAUCUCCUGACCUCAUGAUCUGCCCAAUUUGGCCUCCCAAAAUGCUGGGAUUAUAGGUGUGAGCCACUGUGCCCAGCCGAAUUGAACUUGCUUCACAAAGCAUACCAAAUUGUUAGUUUUCACAUUUAAAAAACUUUAAAAACAAUGAAUUUAUACGUAAUUAAUUUCUAAUGACAGAGUUCUAAACUGUAAUACAAGCUAAGAAUGUAAAUACUUUAAUAAGGAUAUUUUUUGAAUGCAUGAUUAGUUAGGUAGAUGAUUUCUUUUAGAUUAACAUGAUGAAAUAACAAUUAGAGAAAACAUUUGAAAUGGGAUAAAACGAAUCAAAUCCACAUCUUUUGAAAGCCUUGGCAUGAUUGCCAUGGCUUUGGGAAUGGCUAGAUGACUAAUAAGAACCAAAGACAAGAUUUUGGGUUUCCCCAAUUAUUGCUUUUGAACUUUUAUUUAUUUAUUUUUGUUUCCUUUUUUUGAGACAGAGUCUCAUUCUGUUGCCCAGGCUGGAGUGUAGUGUCACAAUCUUGGCUCACUGCAACCUCCACCUCCCAGGAUUAAGUAUCUGCCUCACCCUCCAGAGUAGCUGGGAUUACAGAGGGACCCACCACCAUGCCCAACUAAGUUUUGUAUUUUAAGUAGAGACUGCAGUUCACCAUCUUGGCCAGGUUUGCCUUGAACUCCUGACCUUGUGAUCCACCUGCCUUGGCUUCCCAAAGUGCUGGGAUUACAGGCAUGAACCACCAUGCCCAGCCUGUUUUUUGACCUUUUGAAGUCUAAAAUCCUGGCCAAAGAAUUCAAAGGGAGCAUUUUACAGGUGGCUUCCCAGGGUUUCCAAGGCAAUAAAGGAAGAAUUUUGAUAGGCAGAAAAAUGCAUAUUAUAUACACACAUUGCUCCUCUCUGAUUUGCCUUAAUGCUGAAAAAUUGAAGAUUUUAAAUGUAGUCUCAAUUUAGAAUAAUCAAAAGAAUUGCUUUUCAAUAAAAGGCAAUGUAUAAAAGUAAUGGGUAACAGAUACCAUUAGCUGCUAAAAAUUGUCACUCACGCCUGUAAUCCCAGCACUUUGGGUGGACGAGGCAGGUGGAUCCCAAGGUCAAGAGAUCGAGACCAUCCUGUUCAACAUGGUGAAACCCCGUCUCUACUAUAAAUACAAAAUAUUAGCUGGGCAUGGUGGCACAUGCCUGUCAUCCCAGCUACUCAGGAGGCUGAGGCAGGAGAAUUGCCUGAACCCAGGAGGCGAAGGUUGCGGUGAGCCGAGAUCGCGCCAUUACACUCCAGCCUGGGUAACAAGAGCGAAACACCGUCUCAAAAAAAAAAAAAAAAGUUGUGUGACUAAAUUCAGUAAGUAUCCAGCCAUGCAAACAAUAGAUCAAUUAAAUUAGGACCCUAACAGGUGCAUGUGGAGAGCAUUCCUGUGCAGAGUGCUGCACCUCCACCCAGCAUUUUCUUCCACCUCUACAGAGAUGCAGAUUUCCCCUGAGUGACUCAGGGUGCAUACUGGGAACUGAGAAUGCUGUGUUGAGUGAUUACUGAGUACAUGGUUAAUACGCUUCUUCCAUAGGAUAAUGAAAUGUUAUAAAUCUCACUCUGCCCCAGAAAAGCUGCUCAAUUUGGGUUCAUGGAAAAUUUCCAUAUUCCAGAUUACUCAGACACUUAAAUGUCAAUGAAAUCCCAUAAAACGUAUUUGAAUAAGACAAAAUCUUCCUAGCCAAGAAUUUUAUAUUACUGGUAAAUUUAGAAAAAAAUACAAGAUCAGCACUUUCAGCCAAAUAAUAGUGUUUGACAUGUGAGUAGCCCCCAAACAAGUGAAACCAAUCUCUACUAAAAAUACAAAAUAUUGACUGAGCACUGUGGCUCACGCCAGUAGUCCCAGCACUGUGGAAGGUUGAGGUGGGCAGAUAGUGAUGUCAGGAGUUUGAGACCAGACUGGCCAACAUGGCAAAACCCCAUCUCUACUAAAAUAUAAAAAUUAACUGUGUGUGGUGGUGCAUGCCUGGAAUCACAGCUACUUGGGAGGCUGAGGGAGGACAGUGACUUAAACCUGGGAGGCAGAGGUUGCAGUGAGAUGAGGCAAUGCCAUUCACUCCAGCUUAGGUGCCAGAGUGAGACUCAAUCUCAAAUAAUAAUAAGUAAAUAAAUUUGCCAUGCAUGGUGGCAGGCAUGUGUAAUCCCAGCUACUUGGGAAACUGAGGCAAGAGAAUUGCUUGAACAUGAAAAGCCAGUGAGCCAAGAUCGCACAACUGCACUUCAUCCUUGGCAAUAAAGUGAAACUCAGUCUUAAUAUAUAUACAACCUUUAAAGUUAUUUUAUAGAAUAUUAAAAAACUGUAAAUUUGCAUAAAUCUGUUAAUGGGUGCAUCGUAUAAAAUAUAACAUCAAUAACAAACUGGGAAAUAUAGAGUCAUAGUUUUCGUAUUCAAUUGAGGUUGUUACAAGAUUAAAAUAUAUUGUUUUAAUUUUGAGAUGUGUGUAAUCUCCAGUUUUCAAAAUGAUUACAAAGGUAGUAAUUAUAAAACUAUGCAAGAGAAAAUAAAACAUGCCACUACAAAAUUAAAUAAACAUUAAGAAAGUAAAACAGAAAAGAAAAAUUGCUACUAGAAACACAGAAACCAAUAAUAAUAUAACAGGUAAUACAACUCUGAAAGUAGAAAAGUUCCUCUUUAGAGUUUCCUGUCCUUUGCCAGGUACAGUGGCUAACGCCUGUAACCCCAGCACUUUGGGAGGCCGAGGUCGGUGGAUCAACUGAGGUCAGGAGUAUGAGACCAUCCUGACCAACAUGGAGAAACCCCAUAUCUACUAAAACUACAAAAUUAGCUGGGUGUGGUGGUACUUUGCUGUAAUCCCAGCUACUCGGGAGGAUAAAGCAGGAGAAUCACUUGAACCCGGGAGGCAGAGGUUGUGGUGAGCCAAGAUCCUGCCAUUGCAGUCUAGCCUGGACAACAAGAGUGAAAUUCUGUCUCAAACAAGAACUAACCAAGUAAAGUUCCCCUUCUUGUCAAAGAAUAAAUUUGCUAAUAACUUUCUGUUGAGCCCUAACCUAUGUAGCUAUUAGAUAUGCUUAUAGGCAUGUAGUAUAUUCUAUGUCCUUGUACUUAACCAAGAUAUCUGUGCUGGAUGUGCUCACAGGCAUGUACCAGCUCAUGGCCUAUUUCCCUUAUGUGUUUAAAAAAGUUUUGAGGCCGGGCGCAGUGGCUCAAGCCCGUAAUCCCAGCACUUUGGGAGGCCGAGGCGGGUGGAUCACGAGGUCAAGAGAUCCAGACCAUCCUGGUCAACAUGGUGAAACCCGUCUCUACUAAAAAUACAAAAAAAUUAGCUGGGCAUGGUGGCGCGUGCCUGUAAUCCCAGCUACUCGGGAGGCUGAGGCAGAAUUGUCUGAACCCAGGAGGCGGAGGUUGUGGUGAGCCGAGAUCGUGCCAUUGCACUCCAGCCUGGGUAACAAAAGUGGAACUCCGUCUCAAGAAAAUAAAUAAAUAAAAAUAAAAAAGUUUUGAGUUGUUAGCCAAUUGGGUUUUAGUUUAGGUUAUGAAGUCUGGCUCAGCCAAUGGAAAUCAGACACAGCAGUAAGGACAACUCCAAAUGCAUAAGAAAUAAGUAUGUCUCCUUUUCCUGUGUUCCUUGUACUCUCAUGGCAAAAUGGCUCAUGAGAGUACCCUUCCUGCAGUCCAGGAAGUAAAAUUUGCUUCUGAGAGAUUCUUUGUCUCAGUGCUAAUUUUUCCUCUGUGGCACCAAGCAUCCAUUUCCGACAACCUUCAUUUCUUUUAGCAGUCAUUUUAAAUAUAAAUUAACUAAACAACUUAAUAAAAUGAAAUGUAAUCUUAGGACUUUGGAAGGCCAAGGUAGGCUGAUCACUUGAUCUCAGAAGUUGAAGACCAGCGUAGGAAACAUGGCAAAACUCUGUCUCUACAAAAAAUACAAAAAAGGUAGCUGGGUGUGAUGCAACAUACUUGUAACACAGCUACUUGAGAGGCUGAAAUAAGAGGAUCAUCUGGGUUGCAGGUUCGGGUAGCAGGGAACCACGCAAAUCAGACUGGUUGACAGAGUGAAACCCUGACUCAAAAACAAAUGAGGCCGGGUGCAUUGGCUCACACCUGUAAUACCAGAACUUUGGGAGGCUGAGGCAAGCAGAUCACCUGAGGUCAGAAGUUUAAGACCAGCCUGGCCAUCACGGUGAAACUAAAAAUACAAAAAAUUACCCAGGUGUGGUGGUGGACGCUUGUAAUCCCAGCUACUCAAGAGGCUGAGGCAGGAGAAUCGCUUGGUCAUGGGAGGUGGAGGUUGUAGUGAGUUGAGAUCAUGCCAUUCCACUCCAACCUGGGCAAAAAGAGAAAAUCUUUGUCUCAAAAUAAAUAAAU